GGGAAAAAUGGUGCUCGAUAUAGGAUUAAUCGAAGUAAUAUAUUUUAAAGACCACUUUUGAAAUAAUUAUUUUACUGAAAAUUUACCUUAUUCACUGAAAUUUGUGACUUUUAUCACUUUCAUAAAAAAAAAAUCUUCUACUACUACAUAAAUAAUUUACAAAUAACGAAAAAAAUUGAAAUUAAUUUAUUUUUGAAAACAGAGUUUAUGAUUAAUUUCGACCUGUUUCUUUUGCAUUCUGACAAGUGCAGUAAACACUCUACAAUGCAGCAAGCAUAUUGCAGAAAUGCUUCGACCCUUUACUUCAUAUGAUCACGCAGCACGCUCAAGCGCAAUUGAAGUUUGAAUUUGAGCCAUCUGCAUUCUGCCAUCCUCAUUCUUCACGCGUGUCGCUGUCUGUGUUCAGUGUUGUUGUUGACUGUCGACAGUUUUAUAUCAAACGCGACACCGAUUGGAUUUUAAAACAAUUUGUUUCUGUUUGCGGCUAUAAACAUGGCUGUUCCUCCUGCAUCUUUAUCUUCGAGAAAUAAAAAAUACUUCCUUGGUGUCCCAGCUCCAUUGGGAUAUGUAGCUGGUGUUGGUCGAGGAGCCACUGGAUUUACGACUCGAUCUGAUAUUGGACCCGCUCGUGAUGCUAAUGAUGUUUCAGAUGACAGACAUGCUCCACCAACUAAAAGAGCAAAAAAAAAAGAAGAAGAGGAAGAAGAUGAGGAGGAUCUUAACGACUCUAAUUAUGAUGAAUUCUCUGGAUAUGGAGGAUCACUAUUCAGCAAAGAUCCCUAUGACAAAGACGAUGAAGAGGCUGAUGCAAUAUAUGAAGCUAUAGAUAAACGUAUGGAUGAAAAACGAAAAGAUUACAGAGAAAGAAGAUUACGAGAGGAGUUAGAACGCUACAGACAGGAAAGACCCAAAAUCCAACAGCAAUUUUCUGAUUUAAAGAGAGAUUUAGCUAGUGUUUCAGAAAGUGAAUGGAGAAAUGUGCCUGAAGUGGGUGAUGCUAGAAACAGAAAACAAAGAAAUCCAAGAGCUGAAAAAUUCACACCUCUUCCAGAUUCAGUAUUAGCUAGAAAUUUAGGAGGAGAAACAGCCACUACUAUUGAUCCAUCAAGUGGUCUAGCGUCAAUGUUACCUGGUGUGGCUACACCAGGAAUGCUUACUCCAACAGGAGACUUGGAUUUGAGAAAAAUUGGUCAAGCUAGAAAUAAUUUGAUGAAUGUGAAAUUGAGACAAGUUUCAGAUUCUGUUGAAGGACAAACUGUUGUAGAUCCCAAAGGUUAUCUAACUGAUCUUCAAAGUAUGAUACCUACUUAUGGUGGAGAUAUCAAUGAUAUUAAAAAAGCUAGAUUGCUUCUCAAAUCCGUGAGAGAAACAAAUCCCAAUCAUCCACCAGCGUGGAUAGCAUCAGCUAGAUUAGAAGAAGUGGUAGGAAAGGUUCAGGCUGCAAGAAAUUUGAUCAUGAAAGGCUGCGAAGUAAAUCCUUCAUCCGAAGAUCUGUGGCUUGAAGCUGCUAGACUACAACCACCUGAUACAGCAAAAGCUGUCAUAGCUCAAGCUGUGAAGCAUAUUGCCACGUCGGUAAGGAUUUGGAUAAAAGCAGCAGAUUUAGAAACAGAGACAAAAGCUAAAAAAAAAGUUUAUAGAAAAGCCUUAGAACAAAUACCAAACUCUGUCAGACUUUGGAAGGCUGCUGUAGAACUAGAGGAACCAGAAGAUGCGCGCAUUUUGUUAAGUCGAGCUGUUGAAUGUUGUCCCACUAAUGUUGAUCUAUGGUUGGCACUGGCAAGACUUGAAACUUAUGAAAAUGCAAGAAAAGUAUUAAAUAAGGCAAGAGAAAAUAUUCCUACUGAUAGACAAAUUUGGACAACAGCUGCUAAAUUAGAAGAAGCUAAUGGCAAUAAGCACAUGGUGGAAAAAAUUAUUGAAAGAGCUAUCUCUUCUUUGAGUGCUAAUGGAGUAGAAAUAAACAGAGAGCACUGGUUUAAGGAAGCUAUGGAAGCCGAAAAAGCGGGUGCUGUUUACUGCUGUCAAGUUAUAAUUAAAUCAGUUAUAAGUUAUGGAGUUGAAGAGGAAGAUAGAAAGCACACAUGGAUGGAAGAUGCUGAACAGUGUGCUGAUCAGGGAGCUCUUGAGUGUGCAAGGGCAGUAUAUGCCUAUGCUUUGAGUGCAUUUCCAAGUAAGAAAUCUAUUUGGCUCAGAGCGGCAUACUUUGAAAAAAAGUACGGAACAAGAGAAUCAUUGGAAUCAUUGCUGCAAAGAGCAGUUGCUCAUUGUCCUAAAAGUGAAGUACUUUGGCUUAUGGGAGCUAAAUCAAAAUGGAUGGCUGGUGAUGUACCAGCUGCUAGAGGUAUCUUAUCGUUAGCUUUUCAAGCUAAUCCAAAUUCCGAAAAUAUUUGGUUGGCUGCUGUCAAACUUGAAUCAGAAAACUCUGAGUAUGAAAGGGCGAGACGAUUGCUUGCAAAAGCCAGAGCUUCUGCGCCAACACCUCGAGUGAUGAUGAAAAGCGCGAAAUUAGAAUGGGCUCUAAAUAAUAACGAAGAUGCUUUGAAACUAUUAAAAGAAGCUAUAGAAAGUUUUGAAGAUUUUCCAAAACUUUGGUUGAUGAAAGGUCAAAUUGAACAGCAGCUUGGAAAAAUUGACAAAGCCAUUGAAACCUACAAUCAAGGACUUAAAAAAUGUCCAACUUCAAUUCCUAUGUGGAAACUAUUGGCACAAUUAGAAAUCAAACGAAAACAAAUUACCAAGGCUCGUUCAGUCUUAGAAAAAGCAAGAUUGCGCAACCCUAAAAACGCCGAACUUUGGCUUGAGGCCAUAAGAAUAGAAUUAAACAUAGGCGGAAAUCGUGAAAUGGCCAAUACUCUAAUGGCCAAAGCUCUUCAGGAAUGUCCGAAUUCAGGAAUACUGUGGGCUGAAUCUAUAUUUAUGGAGCCCAGACCUCAAAGGAGAACAAAGAGUGUAGACGCGUGUAAAAAAUGUGAACAUGAUCCACACGUACUUCUAGCUAUAGCAAAAAUGCUCUGGUGCGAUCCUAAUAAAAUAAGUAAAUGUCGCGAUUGGUUCAACAAAACAGUUAAAAUAGAUCCAGAUUUAGGUGAUGCUUGGGCAUAUUUUUAUAAAUUUGAACUUUUGAAUGGUACUGAAGAACAACAGGCAGACGUUAAGAAACGAUGCGUCGCAGCUGAACCUCAUCAUGGUGAAAAUUGGUGCAAGGUGUCAAAAGAUAUAAGGAACUGGUGUCUUGGCAUUGAACAAAUUUUAUUAUUAGUAGCUAAAGAUCUGCCGAUUCCUAUUUAAAUUAAAUUUUUACCGAAAUACUUGAUUUGUUUCAGUUAGUAAAUAUUUAACUAAGUAUUAUUGUGCUUAGUUAUUAGAUCAUAAAUAUGAAAAAAAUACAAAAAAGAAAAAAAAAAGAUCAUAAAUAUAUAAAUUUAUAUAUAA